UACUCAAUAAUGUGCCUAAUAUUGAAAAGAUCUACAAAAGCUCAUGCUAUUUUCAACCACAAGGAGAUGUAUUAUAUCCAAAAGAUUUAAAGGAAAUGUUAUUUGCAGUAUGCUGUGUUCUAGAAGAACUAUUGGUGAUGCAUAAUAUUCCAAUAAUGCAUUAUGAUAUACAUUGGCAAAACAUUGUGAAGUAUCGUGAUAAUGACAAAUGGUUUCUCAUUGAUUUUGAAUUUGCUUGUUACUCACCUCAAUAUUUGAAGGAAGAAGGAUUAGAGAAAAAUAGUCAUGCAUCAGAAAUUAGGGAAGGAUAUCAACAGAUAUCUGGAGUGUUACCAAGUGAAAUUACAGAUUUUGGUAAAAAGUUAAUGAAAUCAAAUCCACAAGAGAGACCAAACGCUAUUGAUGUAUUGACAGAUGCUAAAGAAUUAUAUAAAAAGUUUUUAACAUUUUUGGAAUAA